GUUGCUGGUUUGACGUGUAGUACCACUCCGGGACACCGGAGGUGCUCGAGCGCUCGGGGGUUCCUCCUCUUGCGGUGCCUCACUUGUUUUCCUUCUGCCGUGGACCUGUGCCCUUCUGCCUCCAGCUCUCGGUUAUCAUCGGGAUCGGAGGGUUUUUGUAGCCAGCUACUCUGCUUCACUCGCACCGCCUCCACGUCGUCUGAAGGAAUCGCUCUGGGUUCUUCCUUUAAAUUUGGCCUUCGAUAAGACACCGGAGCUGUAGAUCGGGGUGACGCUCGUGGCCCCAUUGUUCUGCAGCAGCACGCGUUGUCAUCAGCAGCUCCUCCCGCCAGGUGCGCCAGGAGACCGGCGGCGCGUCAAGGUGUGUCGUGAAGAGACUUCACAUGGGGAAGUUCUCUGACAACUCCGUCAGAAGAUUGAAGCAAGACGAAAACUGAGAGCAAGAGGAAUCGCCACCGACGAUGGUCGCCUGACAGCAGCCAUCAUGUCCAUUGAGUACACCAUCGACAUCCAGCUCACAGAGUUGGGGUUUCCGGACAUCCUGCAGCCGCAGGAGCCGUCGGUCAGAGCGGCGCCCAGUCAGCCGCCCACCACACGGUCGAGCUCACACAAACGACUCCUGUCGUUGGGUGGUGAAGGAGCCGGUCCAGAGAAACAGAAACCCGGAAGUCAACAAACCACCGUGUGUUCUUCCUCUUCUUCUUCUUCUUCUUCUCCUUCCUCCUCUUCUUCUUCACACUGUAAAAGACCAACUUCCGCACAGAGUCUACACGAGGGGCACGCUGCUCCCGCCACUGCACCGGGAACCACCGGCGGCCCCCGGCGCACGACCGCGGAGGAGGGAGGCGGACAGAGGAAGGGCUUUCGCAAUGGAGGAGACGCUGCCCAGGGCGGUUCAGCAGAGGCUCAGCAGGGUGUGGAGGAUGACUCGGAUGACAGCGAGGUUUCAGACAUGUAUGAGGAGGAAGAGUGUGACGAGGAAGAGGAUUGUGAGGAGGAGGAGGAGGAAGAAGAAGGGCCAAAUAAUGAGUCGAGUCUUUCGAGCGACUACCGCUGCAGCGUCUGUGAUCUCCAGCUUCCCUCCAAACACAAGCUCCAGGACCAUAUGAACCUGCACACCGGAGCGCGCCCAUAUUGCUGCGCUGAAUGCGGGAAGCGCUUCUGCCAGAAUUACAACUACCGUGUCCACCUGCGCACACACGCCCAGACAAAGGUGGAUCGUCUCCUGUGCCGCGUCUGUCUAAUGGGCUUCUCAUCACAGGAGGAUCUGAAGGACCACCUGUCAAAAACCCACUUUGAGAAACAAUUUUUCGAGUGUGACCUGUGCAAACGCGUGUUUACCUCUCUGAAGGCAUGUGAAUCUCAUGUCCUGUUGCACAAAGGUAUGCUGGAUGUUGUGUGUAAAGUAUGUGGCCGCAAUUUCCCCUCUCCGAAAUCCCUUGCCCGCCACCGUAAGAAGACGUGCCACCGCUUUUUUAAAUGCACAGACUGCACAAAGACCUUUACCAAAAAGAAUGCUCUCCUGAAACACAGCUUCUCCCAUCUUGGCUUGUUGCCUUACACCUGUAUACGAUGUCGCUGCCACUUCCGACUGGUAAAGCUGUACCGCAAACACAAAUGUGAACCUGAGCGCAUUCACUGUGUGGCAUGUCUGAGAGAGUUUCUCAGUCAGCAAGACUUCCAGCAGCACAAAAGGGACACGGGCUGCUGGGGCAACCAGGAGCCCAAAGGGGACGAGAUCAGAUGCUUGGAGUGCGGAGAGAUGUUUGACAGCUCAGAAGAGCUGAAGAAACACGCUGGGGCUCACCAGCGGGUGCUGAAAUGCGCUGAAUGUGGAAAGGGGUUCCGGUCGGCCUUGUUGUUAAUGUCCCACAUGGGCGGUCAUGUCGGCAAGUCGCCCUGCCUCUGUCAGAGCUGCGGACUGGGGUUCCCCCAUCAGCAGAACUAUGACAGCCACCUCAAGACCUGUGGACAAACACCCCGGCCUGCGAGUGCUCACAAAAAACACCAGGCCUCAAAGAACUCUUCAUCUGAGACAAAGAAGCUCAGUGCAAAACCAGACACAUCAAGUCCAGCCAACAUGGUGUCCAAGCCUGCCACUGUUUCAAACAAACCAGCUCGACCUGUCAAAGAAUCUGUUCGUCCCGGACUUGUGACAGGAGACGUGUCCUCUGGCUCUGGUCCAGCAGACGGGUUAUGGAAGCUCACUCUUGACAAACAGCCGCCGCCUGGUGUUGAAUUUGUCUUGUAUCUUCCCGUCUGCCCACCUGAAACCACUGACCAGCCCCUCUCACCCGCAGCGUCUUCACACCCUGGAGUGAAUGCUGCUCUUGGAGUGCAGCUAGACGCCCCUCAGGAUUUGGUCAGUGGUAUUAAAGAGGAUCCAGAAGGCGAAGCACCUUUGGAUUUGUCUAAGAAGAUUAAUUCAUCCAAGUUUCCACUGAGCGACAUUCCUCUUCGCCCUAUUAAAAACGAGCCAGAAGUAUCAGAAAUUUCAAUAGAGGCUAAUGGCGCCGAAAGACAAGAUCGUAAAAGCAGUGAUAGUCGAGCGGUUGUUAAAACAAACCCAGGAGAGUCCGAUAGUGAAAUGAAGCAGUUACAAGUGGACCCCAUGGACCUCUCCCCUCAGAAUACAUCCUCCGAACUAAUAAUGGAUAUUAAGAAAGAGCCUCAGUCUUAUGGCUAUCAUUUUGAUUUGGGGACAUCAAGAUCCUGUCAGCUGACAGACUGGAGUCUGGAGAAGGAAAUCAAGACGGAGGUUGACAUUUCACAUCCUGCAUGUGCUGAUAAGGAGAAAUGAAAUGUGGCAAGGACAGGAAAAGGUUACAUUCUCUACACUUCCAAGGACAAACCUGUUUUUUUUAAACUUUUAUUUAUAAGAAUAUGGACAAAUUCCAAAGGCAGAGUUUCUGCUAGAGCUGCAACUUUUUCCACAUGUUUGAUUAGAGUCCUGGGGUAUCUCUCUAUUAGCGUCCAGCAGAGGACUGUGUGACUUUUGUUUGAACAUAAGAAAGAUUUCUUCAUUCUGCUAUAAUUCAAACAACACAUUCCAGGCUUCGUUAGUUUAAUGAAUAUGGAAACUGGUACUCUAAUAGUUAUAACAUUUAUUCAAUAGACUCGGGUUUGCUGGCAUGUAUUAAGUUGAACGAAAACACUGGAUUUGUUUGCAUUCAGCUGAAAGCUUGAGAUGGGUGUUUUUGUUGUGUAUGUACACUUGACCUUUAGUACGAUGUUUAAUAUUUUAAUGUAAAUAACGGUACUGCUCAGUAAUAUCAUAUUGUUAAAACUUGUGAUUUAAUGGUCUGCAGGUAUCUUCCCGUGUUUUUCUAAAUGCAAAUAAAUGUGUCUCUAUGCAAGAUCA